AUGUCAGCCUCGCACGCCAGCACCGGAUCCCCAAGGGGCCGCCUCCGCGACGUGGUACCCAAUGUCCACCUCGGAACGUGGGCCCCCGGCCCCAAGAACGGCAUCACAGACGUGCCCGGCGUGCUCGCCCACACCAUCACCAUCCGCGAAGCCAACGGGUCCGUCAACACGGGCGUGACGGCCGUCGUGCCGCGCGCCGACUGGUUCCACAAGGCGUGCCACGCGGGCGUCUUCCGCUUCAACGGCUCGGGCGAGAUGACGGGCACGCACUGGAUCGAGGAGACGGGCCUGCUGCACUCGCCCAUCCUCAUCACCAACAGCUUCGCCGUGGGGCCGUGCUACACGGGCGUCUACAAGUACGCCAUUGAGCGCUACGGGCAGGACGAGGAUACUGGCGUGGAUUGGUUCCUGUUGCCUGUCGUGGCGGAGACGUUUGACGGGCAUUUGAAUGACCUGCGGCGGUUUGCGGUCACGCCGGAGCAUGUCGUUGAGGCGUUGAGCAAGGCGUCGGAUGAGCCGCUGCCGGAGGGUAAUGUCGGCGGCGGGACGGGCAUGAUGUGCCAGGGGUUCAAGGGCGGGACGGGGACGAGCAGCCGCGUCGUGCCGGCCGAAGAAGACGCCGCCGACGGCACCAACGAUGGCGAGAAGGCGUACACGGUCGCCGCAGUCGUGCAGGCCAACUACGGACGGAUGCAGCACCUACGCAUCUCCGGCGUGCCCGUCGGCCGGAUCCUCGCCGCCGAAGCAACCCGCGACGCCGCCUCCGCCACCCAAAAAGCCGAGUACGACGCGGCCAAAGACACCAAAGACGGCUCCAUCAUCGUGAUCCUCGCGACCGACGCACCACUGCACCCCGUCCAGCUGCAGCGCCUGGCGAAGCGCGCGACAGUCGGGCUGGCGCGCGUGGGCGGCUACGGGCACAACCCCUCUGGUGACAUCUUCCUGGCGUUUUCGACGGGCAACGAGGUGCCGGUGCAGACGGUGACGGGGCAGCGGCGCAGCGUGGACCCGUUCAAGGCGCGGGCGCUGGACGCGCGGUUCGUCGACGACCAGAGUAUCAAUGGCUUGCUGGAGGCGGCGGCGGAUGCGACCGAGGAGGCGAUUUACAAUGCGCUGUGCGGAGCGGAGACGAUGACGGGGAAUAGGGGCAGGAGAGUGGAGGCGUUGCCGCUGGGGAGGGUCAGGGAGAUAAUGGGGCGGUAUCACGAUGUUGAGAGGGCGUGCCUGGCGGGGGAUGGGGAGUAG